AUGAAGCGGAACCGGAUCUGGUGGGCGUGUGCCACCGUUUUGCUGCUGGGUGUCGCGCAGACGGCCGGUCAGGAUGCAAACAGCUCGGACGCGACGCCGGUGGAAAGUGCGACCGAAUUUUCCUUCGAUCGGUUGAUUCUGCUAGAAGAAAAGCUGACCGUGUUCGACAUCAAACGCAUUGCCAAUGGCUGGGGAUCGUUACGACCCCGCCUGAGUGGACGUUGCGGCGAUCAGAUGACGCAGUACCUGCAGGGUCUACAGGACGAGAAGCUGUGGGCGUUAAAGAUGGACGACUCAUCCGGCAAGUACAACAAAGGAUUCUUCUGGGGAAACAACUACUGGACCGGUUCGAGGGAUCAGUGUUCGUAUAUUCACCAGAAUGACAGUGGCAUUGAGCCAGCGCCAAAGAAGAAGGGAAGAAACACCGACAUAACGUACAUCAAUGGUAACUUCCUCGGUUCGUCCGAAAUGGAGCAUGAAAAUCCACCCUUCCUGCCCGGGUUCUAUAUGGCAAAGAUACUGAUCAACGGUACCGAAUCAUUCAAUGCGAUUCGAACUGUCGUCGUGGGAUUGUGCCUUCCAAGCGCUUGCAGUAUAGCGGACGUGGAAACGCUGCUGAAAUUGGACAUCAGCCUGCGACAUGUGUCGCAGGAGCUUGUCGGCGUGCGAUCGCCCACGCUGAACAACUUCUCCCUUUGGGAUGACUUUACCUUCCGGAUUCUAUUCGUCUUCUCGGUGAUUGUGGUCAUUCUGCUGAUCGGUGGCACCGGGUACGAUCUGAUCCUACGUCGUCGCUAUAAGGCACAAAUGCGCAUCAAGAGCUACUGCAAGGAGCUGACAUCGGACAUGUCGACUGGACUGGGCUGCACGACGUACGACCUGACGCGGCGCGAACCGGAAGAGAACGGCAAAGGUAACUGCACCGUAAUCCGCGUACCGACGGGCGUUAACAAUAACAACUCCGACGAGAACCUCGCCGUGGAGCUGACCGCAACGGAGGAAGCCAAGUUGAGUUUGUGGGCCGAACUCCUCCUAUCGUUCUCGGUGGUGACCAACUUUAAGGCAAUUUGCGAUAAAAACGUUGGCAACGAUACCAUCCCAUCCAUCCAUGGACUGCGGGCUAUUUCGAUGGCCUGGGUUAUUCUAGGCCACACGAUGAUCGUCGUGUUCAAGUACUCGGACAACAUGGAGCUGCGCAAGGUGGUCGAGAAGGAGUUCCUGUUCCAGAUAGUGCUGAACGGUGCGUACAGCGUUGACACGUUCUUCUUCAUCAGCGGGUUCCUGGUGUCGUUUAUCUACUUCCGCACGAACGCCAAGGGCAAUCUGGAGAAGUUAACCAAGGGUGUCAAUGAGUUAACUGCUGGCACGUUCCACUUCUUCGGCCUGGUUGGGUAUCGCUUCGUAAGACUUACUGCUCCCUAUUUGUACGUGCUCGGCAUGGUGGAGGUGGUUAUGCGCUAUUUGGAGCAAAACUCAGUCUUCGAGCCACCGACCCAGGAUCAUGUCAACUGUCCCAAAUACUGGUGGCGCAAUAUCCUGUACAUCAACACGCUCUUCCCAGUCGAACAGAUGUGCAUGCUAUGGAGCUGGUACCUGGCCGAUGACACGCAGUUCUACAUCAUCGGUGCUUUGAUCCUCAUCAUCGCCGUGCGACACUUUAAGUUUGCCGCGACCAUGAUGUCGGUGUUCAUGGUGUCCGCCUGGGCUACAACGGCCUACAUUGCCUUCUCCAACAACCACAUGCCCGACGCCGACGAUCCGUUCGCGCUAUUCGACAAGAUCUACGACAAACCGUGGACCCGCCUUGGUCCCUACCUGGUGGGCAUGAGCGUCGGCUGGAUUUUGUUCAAGACCAACUCCAAAAUUAAGAUGUCUUUGCUUACCAUUAUCUCCGGCUGGGUGACCUCCACAAUGAUGAUGCUAUACCUGCUGUUUGGCCUCUACAACACCACACUCACACAAACUGCCGCCGCAGCAUACAGCUCUCUUAGCCACACCGGAUGGGCCAUCGGGUGCGGCUGGGUCAUCGUGGCCUGUUCGUCCGGAUACGGUGGAUGGGUCAACAAGCUGCUGUCCGCCCCCAUCCUGUACCCAUUCUCCCGCGUCACCUACUGCGCGUACCUGGUGCAUCCGAUCAUCAACCGAAUAUUCGCGCUGGAGUCCGACACACCCAUUCACAUGACUCCAAACGCUCUGACCACCGUCUACCUCGGGCAGGUCGUGUCGUCCUACGUGCUUGCAUUUAUCAUCUCACUGUCGUUCGAGGCGCCCGUCGUUACGAUGCUUAAAAUACUGUCGCCAAAUCGGAAGAAACGUAUCUGA